UAUAUAUAUACAUACACAUGUUAUUUUGCAGUUAUUAGUUGCAAAGAGCCGGGAAUACCGAAUGAGGCGCAAAGGACAGCCAAACGGCCAAUCGGCAGCAGAGUGCGUGACGAUUUCCCCAUCGGUACGGUGUUGAGUUUUAAAUGCCCAUCGUUAUAUAAACUCUACGGAUCAGCAAACCGUAAAUGUUUACCGACCACUGAGUGGACAGGGUCUCAACCUACCUGUGUCCCAGAAUGUGGACGAACCAGCAAACAUGAUUUGGACGUGGAGAAUAUACUCGGUGGUAGAGCAUAUCCUCGAGAAGCUAUGCCGUGGCAUGCGGCCAUAUCCACAGACAUCGGUCUGAAUGAAGUGGUCCUUAGAUGCGGUGGCACUCUGAUCAGCGAUCGCUGGGUUUUGACCGCGGCACAUUGUAUCACAGCCUCAACAUCCAAGGACUCCCUACCUCUACGUCAGAUCACGGUUCACAUCAGUAAAGUGUACGCAAAUAACUCUCGGGAUGACAGAUAUGUCCAGAAGUUUCAGGCUGACGAUGUUUAUAUCCACGACUAUUACCAACCAUCAACAAAGAAGAACGAUAUUGCUUUGAUUUACUUGUCCAGAAAAGUGAAACUCGGACCUUUCGCGAAGCCAAUAUGUCUGCCGGAUAAAUCAAUGUUAAUACACUAUGCCAUACAAGACACCAAAGGCUUUGUGUCUGGUUGGGGCCUAACUGAACAAAAAGUUAAGGCCAGUCGCUUACUGACCACCAAAGUAUCGGUCUUCAAAGACGACGAUUGUCUUAGAAAUAUCAGGAAAGAAUUUCCCAAAAUGGAAAGCGAAUAUCUAGAAAAGGUAUUCUGUGCGGGAACGAGACCAACCGAAAACAGGGUACUCACUGAUUCGCAAAAAUACGAUUCCGGUGGUGGUUUGGUGUUCAGGACAUGUCGUGAUUACGUCGAAACGUGGUAUCUAGAAGGGAUCGUCAACUGGGGAGUGAAGAACGGUGUCGGAGUUUACAUAAGAGUGAUGAACUAUAUCAGUUGGAUAAACAGUGUGAUCUGAGUAAAGAGAAGACUUAGAAUACGAGAAAGACAGAGAGAGAGGAGGAGGAGGGGGAGGAGGAGAAGAGAAAAAGAAGUAGGAGGAAGGGGAGAGCGAGGCAUAGAGAACUAGGGAGAAGGAAGAGGUGAAGAACCGAAAGAACCGAAAGAAGAGAGAAAGAAAAGAAUAUGUAAUGAAUUUAUUGAAUUUCAUAAACAACAGAAAAAGAAAAAAAUCAAAGUUUGGAAAGAAGAAAGAAAAGUUCGUACACACAUAGUACGUAUAUAUAUAAAUAUAAAUAUAUACACUCUCUCA